UGGCUGCGCGGGUUCGGGCUCCGGGUCCCCGCGUCGGAAAGAUCCAACCCGCGGCUGUUCUCCGUCCUGUCUGCAGCAGGGCUGGACAGGCUGAUGCCUCCAGCUGCACCGUAGCGGGGAGCUGAGGGCUGCUGCAGCCCGCCAUCGUAAAGGGCAGGCUGCCCCCUGUGGGCCGCAGCCGCCGGGCUACCUGCCGUCCACCAGCCCCGGCCCGCUGUCACACCUGUGGGCUCUGCUCUGGUGGCUGCAGGUCGCUGGAGGAGGAGGCAGAAGGUGCCCAGAUGUCACGGGUUUGCGGGCGUGGGAGAAUGGAGACUGGGGUGCUCCUCGAACGCCCCAACCCCAGAGGGCUCUGCUGGCCUCCUGCUGAUGUCCCCUAGGAGGCAGGGCCACAGCACGAGCCCCACAGGUCGGGUGAAGGUUGGUCCGUGUCCCCACUUUGUGCUCUCGGACAGCAGCCGCGCGUCCUGAGGUGAGGGCCUGAGCACGUGAAGCGAAUGUGGAUGGUAGUGUUGUAGCUGCCGUGGCCAGGGUUUUCCUGGUGGGGACGGGCCAGGCGGUUAGAGCUGUGUGCUUGGAGGCCGUGUGGCCUGGCUGGACCCCUGCUUUUCUGUCCCUGCCUCACGGGCCUUCUUUCCCUAAGCUGUAGCUGGACAUUGUCCCUGCGUAGCCCGGGGUCUGGGCGUGCAAGUCCCGGAAGUACAUCACUGGUGUCUACCUCUCCUCACAGGUUACUGCAGAUGCUGUGCAGCUGGUGGCCACUGUGUCCUGUGGGGGACCAUGUCCCGUGGUCGCCGUGGCCGACAGCCGCCAUACCUAGCACAUUGAUUGUCCACCUUCGAAGGGCUGGGGCACGGUGGAAUGUGCGGCUGCAGAGCACUGACCAUGCGGAGCCACUGGAAGUGGUGACGCAAGGGUGACUUCAUAGGGUUCCCGAGAUGAAGGCUUGCCCGAGACCAUGUCUGAUCCACACACGGUGAUGGAGGCCCCUGACCCGGCGCCUGAGGCCGGGCUGGGAGAGCUCCUGGGGGACCCGGGUGGCCAGGACCCAGCGCUCCCCCCCACUCCGGCCAUGGAGACUCAGUGGAGGAUCCGGGCAGAGGAGCCGGCGUCAGCGUGCAGUCAGGCGGCCGGGGGCGCCCCGCUGAGCCCCGAUCUCGCCCUUCCUCCGGAGCUCAAGGAGGGGAACACCGACGCUCGCGAUGUUUGCGCCCAAAGCUUCUCGUUCAGCUCAGACCUCGUCAGGCAGCGGGGAGGCCACGCCGGGCAGAGGCUGUGUGUGGGCCGCCUGUGUGGGGACCUGGCCGAGCAGCAGCACACCCAGGCUGGGGACAAGCCCUUCCCAUGCGCGCAGUGCGGGAAAGCCUUUGGGCACAGCUCGGACCUGGCCCGGCACCAGCGAGUCCACAGCCGAGAGAGGCCUUUUGAGUGCCCGGAGUGCGGGAAGGGCUUCGGUCAGAGCUCGCUGCUCAUCCGGCACCAGCGCAUCCACACUGGCGAGCGGCCCUAUGAGUGCACCGAGUGCGGCAAGGCCUUCAUCCGCAGCUCCAGCCUCAUCCGGCACUACCAGAUCCACACGGAGGUGCGGCAGUUCGAGUGCCGGGAGUGCGGCAAGGCCUUCCGCCACCGCUCCGACCUCGUCGAGCACCAGCGCAUCCACAGCGGCGAGCGGCCCUUCGAGUGCCCCGAGUGCGGCAAGGCCUUCAUCCGCAGCUCCAAGCUCGUCCAGCACCAGCGUGUGCACAGCGGCGAGCGGCCCUAUGUGUGCGCCGAGUGCGGGAAGCGCUUCAGCCAGACGUCCAACUUCACGCAGCACCAGCGCAUCCACAGCGGCGAGAAGCUGUACGUGUGCCAGGAGUGCGGCAAGGCCUUCUUCCUGAGCUCCUACCUCAUCCGGCACCAGAAGAUCCACACGGGCGAGCGCGUGUACGCGUGCCGGGAGUGCGGCAAGGCCUUCCUGCAGAAGGCCCACCUCACCGAGCACCAGAAGAUCCACUCGGGGGACAGGCCCUUUGAGUGCCAGGCCUGCGGCAAGGCCUUCAUCCAGAGCUCCAAGCUGCUGCUGCAUCAGGUGGUCCACACGGGUGAGAAGCCCUACGUGUGCAGCCGCUGCGGCAAGGGCUUCCUCCAGCGGGCCAGCUUCCUCCAGCACCAGAAGGCCCACUCUGAGGAGGGGCGCGAGGGCAGCUCGCUCGGGAAUGCCACGGACACCCCACUGCAGGGCCCCCCUGCGGACGGCCCGUAGCAGCUGCUGCCCUGCUUGGGACGGUGCCCGGGAGGGUCCUACUGGCACAUACGGUCUGCACGUCCGUUCCCUGGGUCCCAGCCAAGGCCGCUGUGCAGUUGGCACUCGCCAUGCAGUACCCAGGACCUGCCCUCCUGGGCUACAGCUUGGGGGCCGGUGGCACAGGUGGCUGGACUGCCUGUUCAUCCUGUGCUCUGAGUACAGGGCUGUGGCUCCAGGCCCAGCACCGUGGGGCUUACAUGAGGACUGCCUGGUGUAGGCGGUGACGGGGGGCUCUCUGUGCCCCCAGGACAGCCUCCUGUCACACCGCCAGCGCCCCGCCCAGCAGUGCCACUUGCCCUGGCUGGUCCACCUGUGCCCUGCCGUGCCAUGCUUCCCACCUGGCGUGGCUCCAGGCCUAGCCCAUAGCUGACUGCGGCUGUCCCCAGGUCCUGGCAUACUUAGCAGUCUGUCUCCGUCCCCCUCCGUGCUGCCUGUCCUGCUGUGGUUAGCGUGUGACUUGUACAAUGUCAGUGUUGUGUGAUCCUGCGUGGUCCUUGUCUAACUCGGGCGGCUCUGCUGCUGAGCCCAGGUCUCCCACCCCAGGCCUUCCCUCCCUCUCCAGUGCAUCCGGGCUCUCCCGCUCAUUGCAAAGAGCUUGUUCUCAGGGAGCGGUUCUGAGAGGGGACGGGCGCAUGGCAUGCUGCUGGU